AUUUCCGAGUUGAUAAUCAUUUUAUAAACGGGCAUUUUAUUAAUUGUCUACAUCAUACAGUUAACAUUAGGGUGUAGGUUGUCAGAAUAGUCUGUUCGCGAAGGCAAAUAUGAGGUACUUCUAGUGAGGAUUACAAAUUUGCGUUGUUGCAUUACCAUCUAGUUGUUCCUUUUUUAAUGUGUUCUUUACCAGGUUGAUGUGAAUGUGUGACUUUUCUUGUGACAUCGACGCUGUGCAUAUAAAUGAAUCCUCCACGAAUACAGGUUUUUUCCUGUGCGUCAAUAAAAAAGGCAAAUGGAGAAGCAAAAAUCAAGAAGUAUGCUGGAUCUGAUUCACUUGAUUCUAAUGCAUAUGCGGAAACAGACAAUGAAAACAGUUCUUGGUGGUACACAUUCUUCGUAAAAUGCCACUCUGACGACGACGACAAACCGUCCUGGGAACCAGAAUUCUGGCAGAAAUACUGCCCACACCCCUUUUUCCCAACAUAUCGUCAGUGCUCUAGGAUAAUUAGUCUAGGUCUCAUUGGUGGGUUUGCCUGGUGCACCCUCUAUGCGAUAGUUGGAGAGACAGCAGCGCCUCCUGACGGACAACUUUUUCAACUGAUACUGCUUAGCAUAUGCGCGCAUUUUGGGGGAUGGUUGAUAAGUUUGACGACGUUGCCAGCUUUGGUCGGUAUGUUGUCUACAGGGCUGGUAUUUCAAAAUGCUGGCAUUAUAAAUAUUAAUGAAUCGUUUACAGAAAUUAUAAAUGAAUUAAGCCACGUCGCUUUAGUAGUAAUCCUUAUUCGAGCAGGACUUGACUUAGAUCCUCCAGCACUGCAUAGGUUAAAAUAUACUGUUAUUAAAUUAUCCCUGAUCCCAUGGGUUACUGAAGCAGCAACUGUUACUGUUUUAUCGAAAUUCUUAUUGGAUAUCCCGUGGGAUUAUGCCGUACUUCUAGGUACAAUAGUAGCAGCUGUAGCACCAGCAGUGGUGGUACCAUGCCUCUUUCGCUUAAGGUCCAAGGGCUAUGGAGUGGCAAAGGGUAUACCCACAUUGAUAAUCGCUGUGGCCAGCAUUGGUGACUCGACAUCAGUAGCUAUCUUCGGGGUUAUAAAGAGCAUAAUGUUCUCUGACAUUUCAGUUACAAGCGUGAUUAUUCAAGGUCCCAUAUCUAUUGUUGGAGGUGUUGGCUUCGGUAUAAUGUGGGGACUCAUAUGCGGCUACGUUCCCGAAAGAAACGAUCCUUUCAUAACCCCAUUAAGGAUACUCCUGCUGAUAUCCGGUGGAAUGGUAGCAGUCUUUACCAGUGAAAUCAUAGGCUACGGUGGAGCAGGACCUCUAGGUUGCGUCAGCGCUGCUUUCGUUGCUUUAUCCUGCUGGUCCAAGCAGGGUUGGGGGAUUGAGGACAACCCUGCUGCCACUGCUUUCGAGAUUUUCUGGAUGAUCUGCCAGCCAGUUUUGUUUGGUAUAGCCGGCGCUAGGAUUAAGCUGAAUGAGUUGAACGGCAAUGUGGUGUCAAUCAGUCUUGGGAUACUAGUCACUGGUGUGGUGGUCAGGAUCUUGGUGACCACCUUGGUUGGAAUUGGGUGCAAGCUGAAUUUGAAGGAGAAAAUUUUCGUGGCCAUAGCUUGGAUGUGUAAAGCUAUAGUGCAGGCCGCUCUAGGACCAGUCGCUCUGACGAUGGUUGAACCCGGCAGCAAGGAAUUCGAAUACGCGGAAAAAAUCCUAACAACUUGCGUAUUGUCUAUCAUUCUAACAGUGCCCACGGGGGCCCUGCUAACUACCCUUCUAGGACCCCGACUUUUGACAAAGGCGAAGCACCCUACAAUACCAGAUAUGAGAAGAAGAAAGAGCAGAAGACCUUCCAUGAGAGAUAUAAGCAUUAUAGAUGAAGAGGAAAAUGAAAGCGCGACUGAACGAGAGACUUUUGGCAGAUCUACGCAUCUUGGCGAUGAUUUAGCUGUCGUUAACGAAUAAUAAUAAAAAGAAAAAAAAGAAAUAAUCUAGAGGUGCACCUUAAAUAUAUA